AUGUCUUCCAAGUCCCAGCUGAUCAACCCGCCUUUCGUCCACGCACCACGUCCAACAUAUACACAUGUCCAGACCACGCCCAUCUCUUCAACGAGCACGCUGAUUACUAUCGCCGGCCAAAUCGGCGUGGACGCCAAGUCAGGAGCAAUACCACCGACGUUCGCCGAGCAGGUUGAAGUGGCGCUGGAGAACCUGAGAAAGUGUCUGGAGUCGGUUGGCGCGACGCCUGCAGACAUUAUCAAGACCACGCAUUUCGUCGUGAAUCUCGACUACAAGGACACCUCCAGAGCCGAAGCAUAUGUCAAAUUCAUCGGCGAUCAUCGUCCACCGAGCACCUUGCUAGGUGUCGAGAAGCUAGCCGCGCCAGAGAUACUCUAUGAAGUCGAGGCCAUGGCUAUUGCCCACCAAGAGUGA